AUGCAGACAUCAGAGACUGUUGAUAGCGAUGGACAGGACAAAAAGACGGCGAGCCGACCAGGACAUUGGUUUAUCAAGCCUGUGUCCGGGUUCGUUUCCAAGCUGAAGGAGUUGGAAACAGCCUUUUCAUUCGUCCGGCUUCUUUUUUCGUUAAAUUACACCGGUUUUGAUGUCGCGCUCAUUACUGUGGGAACAUUCUUCGCCAUUGCUGCAGGCAUUCCUGAGCCAUUACUUGGUGUCGUGCUUGGUCAACUUAUCAAUGAACUCAACGAAGUCGCCUGUUCUGCGACGGUGUACGAUGCUUCCUCUGUUCGAACGAAAGUCUUAUACCUCAUUUAUAUCACCAUCUUCAACUUUGCGAGUAUAUACAUUUAUGCGGCAUGCUGGGCUCUUGUGAGCGAACGGCUAGCCCGUCGUUAUCGCAAAGCUUACUUCCGCAGCGUAAUCCGCCAGGAAGCAGCAUUCCAUGACAGUCUACCCUCUGGCCAGGUCAUCUCUCGACUGGUCAGUGAUAUUGAGACAUUGCAAUCUGGGACUUCAGAAAAAGUUGGCAUCUACGUUGCUACGUUGUCAUACUUCGUCACGGCGUAUGUUGUGGCCUUCAUCAAGGUACCUGUCAUUGCAGGCAUCCUGAUUGCGGUGAUUCCAUGCUUCUUCGCUAUGGCCCUUGUUGGAGGCCGUCUUGCGUCACGGUAUGGUACCCGUGUAGGCAAGCAGGUCGACCUCGCCACUUCAAUUGCAUCGUCCAGUCUCUCUCACUUGAAGAUUGUACAUGCAUUCAAUGCCCAAAAGCGUCUAGAGGACCUCUUUUCUUCUCAUCUUAUUCAGACUCGAAAGGAUGCCUUGAAAAAGGCUGCCGUGCAUGCUACACAAAUGGGGAUGCUUUUCUUUAUAGUCUACUCGUCAAAUGCCUUGGCAUACUGGAAAGGAGCCCAUUUGAUAGCAGACUCCGUUGAUGGGUUGAACUCCGGAGUCUCCAUUGGUGCAGUGUAUACUGUGAUCUUUAUUCUGAUUGAUGCAACCUUCAUCUUCAGCCAAGUUUCCCCUUAUAUGCACGUUUUCAGCGCUGCUACUAGCGCAUCGAGGCGCUUAUUGGAGGUGAUUCACCGGGACUCCAAUAUCGACGGCACAUCACUUACUGGAGAGCAAAGUGUGAACUUGGGCGAACAAGAGAUCCACUUCAAGGAUGUUCAUUUCGCAUACCCUGCCCGGGCUGAGGUUCCAGUCUUGCAAGGGUUGAGCUUGUCCAUCCCUCAAAAGCAACAUACCGCAUUUGUUGGUCCUUCGGGAGGUGGAAAGUCUACCGUCGUCGCACUUCUAGAACGUUUCUAUGAUCCAUCAAGUGGAAACAUCUACGUCGGAGAACAAAAUUUCCAACACUUGAAUGUGGCCAGCUUGCGAAGCCAAAUGGGAUUUGUACAGCAAGAAUCCCAACUGCUGAACCGUUCCAUUGUGGAAAACAUCGCGUAUGGACUGGUUGGAUCUGCCGACCACGAGCAUCUGAUUGAAGUUAUUUUGGAUAUGAGCUUGGCUGAUCUUGUGGCCAGAAUCCAGGCUGGAUGCUCUGAAGAGGAGGCUCUGGGAGAUUGUGACCCCAGGAUUGCUGAAAUUUUCGUACAGGCAAAGCUGGCAGCUAGCAAGGCCAAUGCACUCUCAUUUAUUGAGUCUCUAGCAUUUGGUCUAGCUAGCCCAGUUGGAACUUCUGGUGGACAGCUCAGUGGCGGCCAAAGGCAGCGCAUUGCUCUUGCCACGGCUCUUGUUCGUGAACCCAAACUGCUUAUUUUGGACGAAGCAACUGCUGCACUCGAUUCAAUGAGUGAGCAGUUAAUUCAGGCCGCCUUACGCACACUAUCUAAAACCACCACGAUAGUAUCUAUUGCCCAUCGUCUAGCUGCCGUCAGGGAUGCGGAUCAAGUUAUUGUCAUCCAGAAUGGCCGCUUGGUGGAAAGCGGUUCUCCUCAGAGUUUGUUGGAGAGUGACGGGGCGUACGCCGCAAUGAUUAAUCAACAGAGACUCGCCAACUCUGGAAUAGAUGGCUUAGAAGAUACAUUGAGUGAGACCAAAAGCUCACACCACCAAGAUCUGAUCCUGGCGGACAAAGAGCAGAGUGUCUAUCUGACUGAAGAAGAAAAGCCUGCUGAGGCGAAAGCAGAGUCCGAUACCACGUUGUCGAAGCAAGAGUCUAAACCAUCAAAGUUCCUCACUGCAAAAAUUUGUUUCGCUUUCAUCCGUCCCAAUAUCCUUCUCAUCCUUUUAGGCUUAGUGAUGUCAACAAUCAUCGGAGCUAGCUACAGCUCGAACGCUAUUUUAUUUGGUAAUACCGUUGGAGGGCUUAGUGCAUGCAAAGGUACCGCAAACAUCCGACACAGCGGAAACCUGUUCGGUCUGAUGUUUUUCGUUGUGGGAAUUGUCGAACUAUUCGCGAAUGUCAUCGGCGGGUGUGCCUAUGGAUGGGCAGCAGACCAGACACUGUACCGAAUUCGCAUGAACUCACUUCGAUCACUCCUUAACCAAACCAUGACAUGGCACAGUGCUGAGGGACGAAGCCCCGGUGUUCUCAUUUCCUAUAUCACGGGUGAUGCAUCAGCCAUUAGUGGCCUUACCGGGACCACCAUCGGGCUUCUCCUUGCGACUGCAGUCAAUCUUUUUGCGGGAGUUAUCAUUGCAUUUGUUGUGGCAUGGAAGAUCUCAAUUGUUCUGGUCCCGACAAUCCCUGUUCUCCUGGUGGCCGGAUUCAUGAAGUUACGUGUUCAGAGCCAAUUUGCGGAGCGACAUAAGAAAGCAUUUUCUCGUGCCACGGAGCUUACAGUGGAGGCCUUGGGAAAUCUACGUUUCGUUGCAGGUUUCUCACUCGAGAAUCAGCUCUAUCAGGAGUUCUUGUCAUCAAUCCAGAAGCCAUAUAAGAAUACUACAAAGGCGAUCGCCUGGGGAAACUUCUGGCUGGCAUGGGCCUUCAGCGUGAGCAAUCUCAUCAGCGCCCUUGCAUACUGGUGGGGAUCCAAGCAAAUUGCCUCAGGGCUAUACUCCCAAGUCCAAUUUUUUAUUGUUUUACCGGCUCUUCUGUUCAGCACACAAUCGUGUGGUCAGAUGCUUGCCUUGGCACCAGAUGUUUCGAAGGCUGGAAAGGCUGCUUCACGUGUUGUUGAUCUUGUGAAAACAAACUCCGCUGAGGAGGAACACAGUGGUGGCAAUUACACACAGCAAAUGAUGAAGAUGGAAAUGCCAAAUACAGAUCCUGAGGCCAACAUAUCUUCUGAUGCAGCCUCUUCUGAAAAUUGCCAAAGACCAGUGGGUGCAAAGUUUCACCAAGUGUGCUUCGCAUACCCCAAAUCAUCUCACAUUCCGGUGCUCAAUGAAUUGAGUAUCGAUUUCAAACCAGGAAACUUCUACGCACUGGUCGGCCCCAGUGGCUCAGGGAAAUCAACCAUCUUCAACAUGCUGGAAAGGUUCUAUCAACCCACGUCCGGGUGUGUUACAAUCAAUGGACAGAACAUCAACCGUAUAUUGUCGACGACAUUCAGGGACGACAUUGCGCUUGUUCCACAGGAGAAUGUUUUAUUCGAGGGAACCCUGGCCUUUAACAUAGGGCUCGGGGCAAGACCCGGGUAUAUGGCCACACAAGCAGAUAUUGAGGAAGCUUGUAAGCAAGCUCAGAUCCAUGAUGUGAUCAUGAGCUUGCCUGACGGCUACGAUACAUUCUGCACGCACGAUGGAAAGCAGUUCUCGGGCGGUCAACGCCAGCGUCUAUCCAUCGCAAGGGCCUUGAUCAGAAAGCCGGGUCUCCUACUUCUUGAUGAGUCUACCAGUGCUCUUGACGGUGAAUCUGAACGAAAGAUUCAGGACGCCUUGUCUAACCUUGCGGAAAAAACUACAAUCAUCGCUAUUGCACAUCGGCUGAAGACCAUAUAUCGUGCGGAUCAGAUUUUCCUCAUUCAGGAUGGUCACUGCGUUGACCACGGCACCCACACGGAGCUUGUUGAUCGGAGUAAGAUGUAUCGAGAGAGUGUGUUGCAUCAGUCACUAGCCACCUGA